AUGGCCGAAAACCGCGAUAGUAUACCAGAAUUCUUUGAGGUCGCUCUUUCAGACUUCAACGUGGCUGCCCACGCAAGGAAGAAGUUUGAAAAACAAAUAAAGGAGAAACGAAACAAAAACAAAGCGAAGGCAGAGAAGGGAUCCAACAUCGGGCGCAUUGUUGAACGAGAAGAACUGACCGUGCAAAGACUAAGUGCAGAGGCAACGGGGAAAGCCCAAAAAUUUUCCCGACUUGCGCCGAUGGAAUACGUAUCGUUUUGCAGGCUACGAUGAAGUGACGCUUCAAAACAUAAAGUUGGCAUGUGAAAAACACAUUUUGGCCAUGGUUGUUAAAGGUGUCGCGCGCGAUAUGUUAGCUGGGGAACAAGAGCCUUCUUGUUUCACCCUUGAGCAAAUACCCGAUCUGAAAUUGAUUCAUAUACGGUUUAUUCAUCGUUCUGAGCACGACGAACAGGGUCACGCAGCAAUGAGUGUCUCCAGUGAUCGUGAUGAUUCAUAA